AUGUCUAUGUGGUUAGGCUCCUUCCCGCAGGGCCACUCUGGUGCGACUGUCGGCGCAAUUAUUCUCUACUGUGUUGUCACCCUCGCUGUCUUGAAUUCGAGAUUCGCCGACGCUGCGGGUUUGAAGCCCUGCGCCUCGGAGAACCAAAGCGAACUAAGUCUAGGUGAUGGCAAUGCGCGAUUUCCCUUUACGCUAGAAGCCUACAAUGGACUUGUACUGGAAGAUGUCGUGGACGAAUCUGGAGAACCGCGAGGCCUUGAUCUGAUCCGCCGAGCUCCAACGGGAUCAUCCGCACUUGCGAAUAACCAGCACAAGACUGGCAUCGUCAAGCUAGGCGAGAUCCACUGGUGGUAUUUCCCGAAAGAUGCUUGGAAUGGGAAGACAAUUAACAAGACUUCUGAGGGUCAGGAUCAUGACAAUUCGAAACGCUCGACGGCUGUCUACCUCUCCCUUACCACAUGUUCGAAGCCCAACUUCGACAAGUCCGAUUCGGGCCACGUACCGGCCUUACCGCAACUAGAGGUCUACAUUUCUACGUCCGAAUCUUUGCAGAGACCAGGCCCCGGCGGAGAUUCCAGGAGUCAAAGCAAAGUCAAUGCCGAAGAUGGCUAUAUGCGCAUCGCCACACAGGUCCAAGGGGAUGUCUACGUUGGCGUCGCUGCUCCCAAUAAUAGCGACUAUUCGGGGUCAUACAGUUACGAAAUUGCUGCAUCAGUAGAUGGCUAUUACCAUAACGUUGAUGAUGAAGAUGAUUUCUUGCACUUCCUGGAUACGGACAUGAAGGCCGCUCUUCUUACAACUAAAAAUUUGACAGACCUCAGCUCUCCGAAUACCAGUUCUUGGUUGAACAUGACACCCCGGUAUACGAUAUUCGUCAGCAGCUUCAACGAUACCGCUAUCUCAGGCCUACACCGGUCAUACUGCGCGCUUGAUCGACAUGCUCAGAUAGGAAAAGAUGGGGUUGAAGUCAGCAUGACCACUCGCGGCAUGAAGCCCAAAGAGCAAUUCUUCAUCACCGGCCUUAACAGGAGUUCUGUUUAUACUGCGAUUUUAGCGAUGGAUGGCAAUUCAACUAGGCCCAAAAAUGGGUCCGUCGGCGGCGGCGGAAAAGUUUGGAAACCACUGAAAUUCACAACCAAAGCAGAUGAGAAUUGUGCCCUCCUUUUCGACCUAUCGUUUUGCUCCGAUGUCGCAUAUGCCGUACCAUCCCGUCCAUCCAUCAAGUCAGGGGACCUCGGAUUAAUCUAUGAUGAGUAUGCUGCUGCGAUGUACAAGAACUUCUCCUAUUCAUUAGAUCAAAUCCAAUGUGAUGCCCCAAGCGAAAGUCGGUUCUCUUUGGCCGUCGGAUGCGAUGACUGUGGGAGAGCGUACAAGCAAUGGUUAUGUGCCGUGACCAUUCCUCGAUGCACUGAUUUUUCGAGUACGGACAAAUUUCUCCAAGUUCGGAAUGCUGGUCAGAAAUUCAUCAACGGCUCUUCACUGAGCGGCAACGAUCCGCUUCUCCAAAGCCCCGUUACUAAUCAAUCCCGAAACUCAUUGAUUGACAGCCAAGUGCGACCUGGGCCGUACAAGGAAGUUCUCCCGUGUCAAGAUGUCUGCUACAACCUUGCGAUGAGUUGUCCUGCUGCGUUGGGAUUCAGCUGCCCGGAUGGGAACUGGCUCAAUGCUUCGUAUGGCACACGCUCCGAGGAUAUCAUUACCUGCAACUACCCGGGGGGCGGAGAACUACCUGAACGGCGCGCGAGAUUCGUACCAGUCUCUCUGGACGAGUUUGUAUGUACUGGCUAUCGUAUGGAUCUCUUUUUGGGUGCUGCAAUGUUAAGACGGAGCCAGUUGUGUGAUCCAGAGCCACUCGCCGCACUAUAA